AAGUUGUUUCUGUACGAUAAAAGAAAAAACAAAAGCGAAAAAACAAAAACAUAAGCAAAACAAAAGGAGAUUAAGGAAAACUGUACGCUUUAUUAGCACCAAUCCGCAGUCGCCAAAAAAAAAAAAAAAAAAAAAAGAAAUGAUUUUGAUGACUGUUGCCCAAAAUGCUAUCAAUUUGGUGGAGGUGAAAACGAGCAAGUGAAGAAGCAGAAGAAGACGGUGGAUUAGCGCUAUAUGCAAUCUCUUUUAAAGAAGUAAAUGGGGGCUACUUUUAGUUGAUAAAAUUUCAUACAAACAAUGGCUUUGGGGGUGAGAGUGGGAGAGUUUUGAUUGCUUCAUAGUUGAAACUCACUGUUCUUGUUCAUGACAGUGACUGUUUGGUGAUGGACGCAUUUGGUUGUAAGUGGGAUGAUGAUGAGUGCUCUGUCAUUGGAGAUAAAGGGGAAGUUGGGUUUAUAGACUUUGAUGAUGAUAAAUCAGUUUGUAGUUACAACCCAGUUGAAGAGGGUCCAAUUGUUAUUUCUGUUCCAUUUCCCUUGGUGCGUGGACAGCCUCAGUCAGUAUUUGUAGGGGAAACAGCUGCAGAGUCGAUAACAGUUCAGAAUACCACAAAUGAUCCAGUUGAUCUAUGGGGUAUAAAAAUUUAUGCCUCAAAUCCUGAGAACUCGUUCUCACUUUCUCUAAUGGAGCCUCCGUCUUCAAAUUCUGAUGGGAAAAGUGCCCGAGGCUUCCUUGAGUCUUUUUCCUUGGAAGAUAGAGUGCUUCAGCCAGGUGAGAAUUUGACUUUAUGGCUGUCCUGCAAGCCAAAAGAAAUUGGUAUGCACACAUCAAUUGUGCAUUUUGAUCUGGAGACAGACAAGAUAGAACGGGUGGUUUUUCUCUUGGCAGAAGAUAAGAUCUCCCAUUCUUUGGCUUCUAAGGCCCCCUACACAAAAAGCAAGAAGAAGAAACUGUUUACUGUGGAUGCAUUUGUAACAGGUUCACGUCCUACUGGUCCAAAGGACCGGUCCUUCAAAAAGCGGCUUCCCCGAUAUGACAUUCCAAAUGAUAUUAGAGAAUUGCUCGAGAGCAAGCAGAUGCCCGAUGUUGUCCAAGAAGGUCUUAACGGAGAGAAUUAUGCUUGUUUUUUUAAAACUUUACUUAUCAUGGAAGAAUUACAACUGGAGGAAGACAUGAGGACCUAUGACAUGGAACAUGUUACUUUGAAGAGGAGGGGAAGUCAAUUUUUGUCCCUUGUGGUUCCAGGGCUUGCAGAAAGAAGACCAUCACUUGUCCAUGGGGAUUAUAUUUUUGCCAAGUUUCCCUCUGAAUACGAAGAUGAUGAAACUCUUCCAUAUCAGGGUUAUAUCCACCGUGUUGAGGCUGAUGAAGUAUAUUUGAAGUUUGCCCCUGAAUUUCAUUUGGCCCAUGUUGAUGGUAACGUCUAUAAUGUACACUUUACGUACAAUCGAGUCAACAUGAGAAGGUUAUACCAAGCUGUUGAUGCUACAGAACAACUAGAAACCGAGUUCCUAUUUCCAUCAGAGUCCUUUGAAAGGAGGCUGAUUAGACACACUCCACUGGCCCCUAUAUCUUGCCUUCUUAAUGAGCAGCAGAUUUUUUCAAUUGAGAUGAUCCUUGGCUGCAAAGGAAUGCCUCCUUAUGUGAUUUAUGGACCUCCAGGUACAGGUAAGACCAUGACAAUAGUGGAAGCAAUCCUUCAGCUGUACAGAACUCGAAAAAGUACUCGGAUUCUUGUGUGUGCACCUUCUAAUAGUGCAGCAGACCACAUAUUAGAGAAACUCCUUAGUGAGAAGACUGUUGAAGUUAAAGAGAAUGAACUGUUCAGGCUGAAUGCAGCUACUCGUCCUUUUGAAGAUGUGAAUCCUAAUCAUAUCCGCUUCUGCUUCUUUAAUGAUCUUAUCUUCCAAUGUCCUCCACUUAGUGCCCUCUUGCGCUAUAGGAUCAUCAUAUCGACUUAUAUGAGUGCCUCACUUUUUUAUUCAGAAGGUGUCCGACGGGGUCACUUUUCUCAUAUUUUCUUGGAUGAGGCUGGCCAAGCUUCAGAACCAGAAACAAUGAUCCCGCUAUCCAACCUCUGCCGAAAGAAUACAGUUGUUGUUCUUGCUGGAGACCCGAUGCAGUUAGGUCCAGUUGUGUACUCCAAAGAUGCAGAAAUAAAUGGUUUGGGGAAAUCAUACUUGGAAAGGAUUUCUGAGUGUGAGCUUUACAGCAGUGGAGAUGAAAAUUACGUGACAAAAUUGAUUAGAAAUUAUAGAUGUCACCGGGAAAUUUUAUAUCUCCCUUCAAACCUGUUUUACGGAGGAGAAUUAGUUGCGUGCAAAGAUGACAAAGGUUCCUUGUUGGAAAGGGUGGACUUGCUUCCUAACAAGGAGUUCCCAGUCCUUUUCUUUGGUAUUCAAGGUUUUGAUGAGAGGGAGGGAAGUAAUCCAUCAUGGUUUAAUCGAGUUGAGGCAAGUAAGGUAGUGGAGGUCAUAAAGAGACUGACAUUUAGUAGCAAUUUCAAUGAAGAAGACAUUGGAGUAAUUACGCCAUACCGACAGCAAGUGCUGAAACUAAAGCAAACCCUUGAAAAUUUGGACAUGCCUGUUAUUAAAGUUGGAAGUGUUGAGCAAUUUCAGGGACAGGAGAAGCAAGUUAUAAUAAUAUCUACUGUCCGCUCGACAAUCAAACACAAUGAAUUCGACAGAAACCACUGUUUGGGAUUUUUGAGCAAUUCCAGAAGGUUCAAUGUGGCCAUUACCCGUGCUAUAUCAUUGUUAAUAAUAAUUGGGAAUCCACACAUUAUCAGUAUGGAUCCAUACUGGAACAAGCUUUUGUGGCGUUGUGCAGACAACAAUUCUUAUCUUGGCUGUCCUCUUCCUGAAAGGCAGGAGUUUGUCGACGAGGAUUCAUUACCAGAAGAAGAUCAGUUUGAAUACAGCGAAGAAAAUCCUUUGUCCUCUAAAGAUGUUGAAUGCGGAGAAGAGUCCUCAAAAACAAAAGAUGAUGGAUGGGGAGAAGAGUCCUUGUAUACCCCUCAACCUGUCAAGGAUGAAGCUGAAUGGUCCGAUGGAUGGAAGUAAUUUUUCUUUAUAGACAAUGGUGUAAAGCAACACAAACCUUGUCUUUUUUUUCUUUUUUUCUUUUUUUUUUUUUGAUAUAUAUAUUGAAUUCAUGGCUCUACAGUUGUCUGGGAGAAUCAUCUUCAAUUUAAUUUUUUAUUUUUAUUUUA